CCUCCUGUUCAAGCGUGGAGGGAGCAGAUAUUCUGGGAGAUCAUUGCCAGCACCUUGGAUUAAGACUUAUUUCUUUAGUGGUACAUUGGAACGUUCUUGAUCAGUGGAUUUAUGUUGUGCUUUUAACUUUGUGAUUCGUAGGAUUCUUUUAACGUCUCUCGAUGUGAUGAUCAAUGGGAAUCUUGAUUUUGAAGACCUCUGGAUACAGAUUAUUCUCCAUCUUUUUGCACCCAAAAGUUAUGAAGUAGAGCAAACAUUGGGUGCCAAUCUCUUAAAAACAAGACUUUUGUGGUGCAGUAACUGUGAAAAACAAGAAAUUGUUCAAUUGCACUUUCCCAGAGGGCUGUAGAGCCAAACGAAUGACUAUUUUUAUGAGGGACUUUGUAGCAGAAAUGGGUCAGGACCAAACCAAACAGCAGAUUGAGAAAGGAUUGAAGCUCUAUCAGUCUAAUGAUACAGAAAAGGCUUUAUAUGUCUGGUUGAAGGUGUUGAGGAAGACAACCGAUCCUGGGGGGAAGUUUCGAGUUUUAGGGUGUCUGAUCACAGCUCAUUCCGAAAUGGGGAAAUACAAAGAGAUGCUACAGUAUUCCUUAGCUCAGAUAAAUACAGCCAGAGAGAUGGAAGAUCCGGACUACUUGACGGAGGGCUACCUAAACUUGGCACGCAGCAACGAGAAGCUCUGUGAAUUCCAGAAAACUGUCUCGUAUUGCGAGACCUGCUUAAACAUGCAGGGCACCACUGUUAGCCUACAGCUCAACGGACAGGUGUGUCUGAGCAUGGGCAAUGCUUAUCUGGGCCUUAGUGUUUUCCAAAAGGCCUUAGUGAGCUACGAGAAGGCUCUGCGGUACUCUCACAACAAUGACGACAAGAUGUUGGAGUGCAGGGUUUGUUGCAGUUUGGGAAACUUCUACAUCCAGCUAAAGGAUUUUGAGAAAGCAUUGUUCUUUCCUUGCAAAGCAGCUGAACUUGUGAAUGACUAUGGUAAAGGGUGGAGUCUAAAGUACCGCGCCAUGAGCCAGUACCACAUGUCGGUGGCUUACAGAAAACUGGUGCGCUUACCAGAUGCCAUGGAGUGCUGUGAGGAAUCGAUGAAGAUUGCAUUGCAACAUGGAGAUCGGCCACUUCAGGCAUUGUGUCUGCUUAACUUUGCUGAUAUUCAUCGCUCUCAAAAAGAUGUUGAUAAAGCAUUCCCUCGCUAUGAGUCCUCCAUGUGUAUAAUGUCAGAGAUAGGCAACCGCCUUGGACAAGCAUCCAUCUAUGUAGGAGUGGGGAAGUGCUGGAUUCUGCAAAAGGAAUAUGACAAGGCUCUAGACUCAUUGCAAAGAGCACAUGAUUUGGCAGAGGCGAUUGGAAACAAGCUGUGUAUUCUGAAGGUACACAGCCUGUGUGAAAGCGUCUACCGCUGUAAAGAGCAACAGGAUGAGCUGAGAGAGCAGGUGGUGAAGUUCCUACAGUGUGUGGAGGAGCUGGAGCUCUACUGUGGCAUGUGCGGCGAAUCUAUCGGAGAGAAGAACCAACAGCUGCAAGCCUUGCCUUGCUCUCACAUCUUCCACCUUAAGUGUCUGCAGACAAAUGGUACAAAGGGUUGCCCGAAAUGCCACUGCUCAUCUGUGAAACUGGGAUUUGUGUGAGUCUGCAGUCCUGCCUUGGACAAAACAACCGAAUCCCUUCACAGUGACCCAUCGCGGGAGCAAAAGAUCCAGGGCCGUCUUUCUAACGGGACAAGGAAAGGUUUUCCAGUGUUUCCAUCCUAUCUUUAUAGCAACUGGAAAUGAUGUGGGAAUGACCGAACGUGGACUUGUAGCCCAACAUAGAGAAGUCACCAAAGAGGCCAGAUGUUGCUCUAAGUAAUAUCUCUCUUACUGACAUGAGGACUGACUGAACUUACAAUGGCAUUGGUAUAACAGAAACAGCUUCUCAUUGGACUAUGCUGUAUUGCUUUUCUUUCAAUGAGAAUAAUCGUCAGAGGUGAGUGCAUUAGUAUGAAAGAACAGUACAAAAAUAUAGAUCGACAAACACUUCGACAGGGUUUUGUUAAUGAUUGCAUUUUUAAUCAAUGUGUAUUGUGUAAAUAAUUCACGAAUUUGAUGUCAUUCUUGUUAUCAGUACAAGAAAGGUUGAGAUGCUGUUUUAUUUGAGUUUGUUUGAAGUUUGAUUUGAGCUUGUAGGAAACUCAAAUGUCUCUAACUGCCUUCUUGUUAUUGAACUUUUAUAUUCUGAGGUAACAGGGGCAUAUGCUGAACUUAUUAACUUGACCAAUCAUACAUUUUGUUAACUAUUUAUUUAUGACAAUAUUGUCUUCUAUCAAAGACUUUAUACUACACUAUUUCAGCAUUUUUCUUUACAAUGAAUCAACAGAAUGUGAAAAGAAGUUUCUUGUUGCAAUGCCAUUUAUGGCAGGUGCGCUUAUAGAAAUAUGGUUUGUUAAUAUCAGUUUUAAACUUCAUGCCUGUUUAUUUUCUAAAAAUGUUCAGCUAUUAUAUAUCAGUGAGACAAUUCACGUUUCACAAGAUGUGAUCUGUCUCUAAUGUUUUACAAAUGACUAAAUACCCUUUUAUGUCUAACAACAGAUUUUAAACCAACUAUAUCAGAGUAUGUUUAUUUAAAGUGGCCCAAAAUAAGCCCUUAUCUUUAUUUCUUUGUGGGCACUUUCAUUUAGUAUUCAAAAAGCAAAUUUCUUGUAUGUUUGAUCAAAUAUUUAUAUGUGAUAAUAAUGAAAAAUGUUUAUCCCACAUAUUACAAUGAUUAUAUUUCAGAUGCAGCUAUUACUGGCACAGUGCUUUAUGUAGCCUAAACAAUACCAAAUUGAUAUAAUCUACUGAUUGAUGUUCAUAUAAAGUUAUAAAGUGACUGAUUUACUAACUUCUACAUCUGCAUUUCAUGUUGCAAAGAUUUCUCAUUUAAUCCAAUGUCUAGUGCACACUUUGAACAGCUGAUCCUCUUUCUGUGCCACUGUAACUAUUCCAUAAAUACAUAACAAAAAACAAAUAGAAGUCAUCAUUUAUAUAUAAAUAAAAUGUUAGCUUUCAGUCUGAGAGUAACCAUAUGUAAUAUUUUAAAAUAUGUGACAUUGCCUGUGAAAACCCAGCUAUACUGUGAGGAAAAUAAGUUUUUAACACCCUGCUAUUUUGCAAGUUCUCCCAUUUAGAAAUCAUGGAGGGGUCUGA